AUGAGUGUGAACUUCACCAUGACCGCCUGUGCCGCUUGCACUAUGACAUCCGAUACAGAUGAAGGGAUGGUAGCCUGCGAUGGAUGCAAUAAGUGGUAUCAUUACCGUUGUGUAGGCGUGGACGAAAAGGAAAUCCGCGAUCAGGAGAAGUGGUUCUGCCCGACGGAAGAUUGCCAGAAGGCAGAGGAAGACCAAGUAAAAAAGUUGGACGAGAACCGUAAGAAGGCAUCCAAAGGUAAGAAGUUGUUAGGUGUGGACGAUGCGUCCGAUAAGUCUAGUGCGAAGUCAGAUCGUCAAUCUGGCAUAUCUUUCGAGAAAAAGCUGAAGGCCUUGGAGAAAGAGCAGCGUGCGAAGGAGAAAGAAAUAGAAGAAGAACGCCUACUGUGGGAAAAGCGAAUGGAGAUGGAACGGAUCUUGAAAGAAAAGAGGAUGCAAAUGGAGACCGAUAUGCGGCAGCGGGAAAUGAAGCAGGAGAAGGAGUUACUUGAAAAGGCGCUUCAGGAAGAGCAAGAGCACCUGGACCAAAUGGAAAGAAUGCGCAAACACUAUCAGGCAAAAAUAGCGGAAGUGAAGGUGAAGCUGCACCCUUGCGGCAAAGAGAAGAAGAGGCAUGAUAAGGAUCAGGGAUCGUUGGAUCGGAAAAAAGGGCCAGCGCCGCAGGAGAAACCAGGAAGUUUGAAAAGAACGAAUCUAACGAAGCUCGAUCGUGCAGAAGAGGAGGAUGAAGACAGUGAAACAGAAAGUUCGGGAGAAGAAGAAGCGUCGAGCGACUCGGAGGAAGAGGUAGAAGAAGAAGAGGAAAGUGAAGAAUCCGAAGAGGAAUCCGAAGAAGACUCCGAAGAUGAGAAAAUGAAGAGAAAGACAAAGCAAUCAAGCAAGAAAGUGACGAGGAACGUGUUGGUACGACGCUCGUCGGGUCCCACAAAAACCCAACUGGCGGCGCGGAAUGGAUUAUCCAGGAAGCUUCCCACAUUCUCUGGGAAAGCUGAAGAAUGGCCGCUGUUUAUUGGUAGCUAUGAGGCGUCAAACAAUGCUUGUGGUUACAACGACAUCGAGAACCUUGUCAGGCUCCAGGAGUGCCUCAAAGGACCAGCUCUGGACAGUGUACGCGGGCAGUUGUUGUUGCCAAAGUCGGUGCCCAAGGUGAUCGAAAAGCUUAGACAACUCUAUGGACGACCGGAGCAGCUGUUGCAUUUCCACUUGGAGAAAGUGAACCAGCUGGAGUGCCCGAAAGCUGAAAGGUUAGAAACGUUUAUACCUUUCGGGAAUGCCGUGGAGCAGCUCUGUGAUCACCUCGAAGCAGCUAAGCUGAAGCAACAUCUGGUGAAUCCAUUGCUCUUGCAGAAUCUGUUAGACAAGUUGCCAUCCUCAGAUAAAAGAGAAUGGGUUCGCUUCAAGAGCAAUAAACAUAAAGUGAACCUGAGGACCUUUUCCGAUUUUUUGUCAAGAAUAGUGUCGGAGGCAUGUGAAGCAAACGCAUGUGCGUCGGCGAAAGUCGGGGUCAUUCGAACCGUAAAAGGUGGCAAGGGAGGAAUGAGGGAGCAAGGGGCAGUAUAUAGUCACAAUACUCCGUUCAAUCUGAGAGAUAGCACUCCUCUUGGAAAUCCCCCUAGUGGAAGCGUGAAACCUUGCAAAGCUUGCAAACGCACAGACCAUCGGUUACGGUUCUGUCAAGAUUUCAAGGCAAUGUCGACCACUGAACGUAUGGGCUUGGUUGAGCUGAAUAAACUUUGCAAAGUCUGCCUGAACGACCACGGCAAAGCGCCGUGUAAAUUUAGAAUCCGUUGCGAUGUCGAAGAAUGCCAAGAACGGCAUCAUCCUCUGCUACAUCCCGUCGCAUCAAUGGUGGUGAUGAACACCCAUUUCCAUGUCCACGACAAAAUUCUGUUUCGGAUGAUUCCUGUGACGCUUCACUGUGGAAAUCGAGUUGUGAAAACAUUGGCGUUCCUAGAUGAGGGAGCGUCGAUUACAUUAGUAGAGCGAUCGUUGACCGACAGACUAGGCGUAGAAGGAGUUCACGAACCGCUGACGAUCACUUGGACAGCCGACGUUACCAGAGACGAGAGGAGUUCAACGAAGAUGAAUCUGUGGAUAUCAUCCGCUGGAAGUGAAGGGAAACUACUUCUGAAAUCAGUGCAGACGGUAAAGAAUCUUCGACUGCCCAAGCAAUCCGUGGAAGCGGUAGAAAUGAGAGCAGAACACCAAUAUCUUCGCGACAUCCCAUUCGCAUCGUAUCAAAGCCAGCGGCCGGGUAUGUUGAUAGGGCUAAACAACCUUCAUGCCAUCGCGCCUAUGGAAGCUAAGAUUGGUCAACCUGGAGAACCAAUUGCUGUAAGGUCCAAACUAGGUUGGGCAGUCUACGGUCCGACUAUAAAGUCACAGGAGGUGAGGAAUUUCAUCGGGUAUCACAAUCAAGUAUCCAACCAAGACCUGCAUGCUCUGUUGAGAGAACAAUACGCACUGGAGGAGUCCGUAAUUGCAGUAGUACACGAGUCGAAGGACGAUAAAAGGGCGCGGGAGAUACUAGAACGAACAACAGUUCGAGUUGGUGAUCGGUUUGAGACCGGUCUGCUAUGGAAAACCAAUGAGCCUCGUUUUCCAAACAGCUAUCCGAUGGCGGUGCGCCGUAUGAAGCAGUUGGAGCAGCGGUUAGCAAAGAAUCCGGAGUUAUUCGAUAACGUGUGCAGGCAGAUUGCGGAGUAUCAGCAAAAGGGAUAUGCGCAUCAAGCGACACCAGAGGAAUUAGCCAAGCUCGAUCAGUAUACUUCGUGGUUUUUGCCUAUCAACGUCGUGCUGAACCCAAAAAAGCCUGGGAAAGUGCGACUGGUAUGGGACGCCGCAGCGACAGUGGAUGGCGUUUCGUUGAACUCCCAACUGCUUACGGGUCCGGAUUUGCUCACUUCGCUCCCAAGUGUCAUCAAUCGUUUCCGUGAGAGGCCGAUAGGGUUUGGAGGCGACAUAAGGGAGAUGUAUCAUCAGCUGUUAAUACGGGCAGCCGAUAAGAGAGCUCAGUUAUUCCUGUUUCGAAAUUCCCCGGAUGAAAAGCCUAGCGUGUAUGUCAUGGAUGUCGCCACAUUUGGAUCGAGGUGCUCACCCAGUCAAGCACAAUUUGUAAAGAAUCGAAACGCGCUGGAGUUUUCUCAGCAGUUUCCAGAAGCAGCAAUGGCAAUAGUGAAGAAACAUUACGUUGACGACUAUUUCGACAGCGUCGAUACGGUUGAGGAGGCGGUCGUCAGAGCUAAAGAAGUGCGCUUCGUUCAUGCGAAAGGUGGCUUCGAGAUAAGAAACUGGGUGUCCAACUCCAACACAUUUCUAAAUGAACUAGGGGAGUCGAAACCGUUGCAAACGAUACAUUUCAACCAGGACAAGGAGAGUGGAUAUGAAAGAGUGCUAGGGAUCGUCUGGAACCCAAAACAAGACGAGUUCUCGUUCUCAAUGGAUCAUCGGCAGGAUGUGAAGCCGUAUCUUCUGGAUGGUGUACGGCCUACGAAGCGAAUUGUUCUGAGCAGUGUGAUGGGGUUUUUUGAUCCUCUAGGACUGCUUACACCAUUUACAAUCCACGGGAAAUUGGUAGUCCAAGAUUUGUGGCGAACUGGCUGUGAUUGGGACGACAAAAUAGAUGACGGAACUCUCGCUAAGUGGGACCGGUGGACUGGGCUACUACCAAUGGUCACCAAAAUCGGUAUACCCCGUUGUUAUUUCAGCGGAAUGGCUUCAUCGUCUAUUAAAUCAUUGGAGCUUCACAUAUUUACCGAUGCAAGCAUUCAUGCAUACGGUUGCGUGGCUUACUUUCGGGCCGUGGUCAAUGGAAGAAUACAGUGCUCACUGGUAAUGUCUCGGUCAAAGGUGUCUCCACUCAAACUCCAGUCCAUUCCACGCCUCGAGCUAAUGGCCGCUGUUCUCGGCGCUAGGAUGGUACGCACCGUAAAAGACAACCAUUCGCUACCCAUAACGAAGCAGAUUUUGUGGAGCGAUUCUCAAACUGUUCUGAGUUGGAUCCGAUCUGACCAGCACAAAUACAAGCAAUUCGUCGCUUUCAGGAUCGGUGAGAUUGUGGAGCUAACAUCAGCUGGUGAUUGGCGGUAUGUACCCUCAGAUAGAAACAUUGCGGACGUAGUGACAAAGUGGGGUUCAGGGCCGCCUCUAGCCACCAAUAGUCCGUGGUUCAACGGUCCAAGUAUCCUGCACCAGCCGGAGACUAUGUGGCCAAAACAAGAAGGAGUGGAAAUUGAUGUACCAGAAGAAAUGAAAGCCUGCGUAUUAUUCCACGACGCGUCGUUUCCACCCCAGUUCAUCGACAUCCAUAUAACGUCACGAUGGGUACGCUUAGUUCGGAUCGUAGCUACCGUUAUCCGUUUCAUCGAAAAUUGUAGGAGGAAGAAAAGUGGCCAGCCAAUAUUGGUGUGCAAGUCCAGUUUGCUGGAACGAUGUAUAAGGGGAGCUCCACAAAGCAUUUUGCAGCCAUUGGGACAAGAGGAGCUUCAUGCAGGCGAGAAAAUUCUGUUGAAGCAGGCACAACGCGACGGCUUUCCGGAGGAAGUGAAAAUAUUAGAGCUCAAGCGGGAUUUCAACUCGGUUGCAAACAUUGAUAAAUCAAGCUGGCUUUACAAGCUACGUCCAGUUCUUGAUGUCGAUGGUAUCAUCAGAAUGGAUGGCAGACUGGCGCUGUUGGAAGAUUCUGUGGACAAGAAGUUUCCAAUUAUUCUUCCUCGUCAGCAUGAGAUAACCAAGAUGAUUAUUCGAAGCUAUCACGAGAAAUUUAGACAUGCGAAUCGAGAGACGGUUUUCAAUGAGCUUCGACAACGAUUCUACAUCCCGAAGCUUCGGACGCUAAUUGCGGCAGUCGUAAAAAACUGCAAUUGGUGCUGUGUCUACCGAUGCAAACCAAGAAAUCCAGUGAUGGCGCCGCUGCCUGUACAAAGAGUCACUCCCCAGUUGCGUGCGUUCUGCUCUGUCGGAGUGGAUUAUCUUGGUCCUGUUGAAGUGUCUGUUGGCCGACGAAGAGAGAAAAGGUGGGUUGCAGUAUUCACGUGCUUAGCAGUAAGAGCUGUUCAUUUAGAGGUAGCGCAUACCUUGACCACACAAGCAUGUUUGAUGGCAAUCAGACGGUUCAUCUGUAGAAGAGGAUCACCGGAUGAAUUCUUCUCAGACAACGGGACGAAUUUCAAAGGUGCAAGCAAAGAGCUGAUCAAAGCGGUGAAGAAGAUUGACGUGGAAUGUGCAGAACGUAUCGUCAGUCCAGCAAUCAAGUGGCAUUUCAUUCCUCCGGCUACCCCCCAUAUGGGCGGAAUUUGGGAGAGAAUGGUGAGAUCGGUGAAAGAGGCGAUGAAGGCUAUGGAUGAUGGCAAAAGACUAACGGAUGAACUGCUCCUGACUACGUUGUCCGAGGCCGAGGACAUGAUCAACACUCGUCCGUUGACAUACUGCUCUCAGGAAUCAGAGGUCGAAGCAAUCACCCCAAAUCAUUUCUUGCGAGGCGUGGUGAAGGAAGCGGAUCAAACAGUCGAGUCUGUCGAGGUGUCUGAAGCUCUACGGAACCUGUACAAGCGAUCACAGUACCUGGCCGACAGGAUGUGGCAGAGAUGGUGCAAGGAAUACCUUCCUGGUCUACACCGUCGAGCAAAAUGGCAUGAAGAUAGGGAAGAACUGAAGGUUGGAGAUUUAGUGUUCGUGGUAGAAGGUGAUCAGCGGAAGAGUUGGAUACGAGGAGUGAUUGAGAAAGUUAUCGAGGGAGCAGAUGGUAAUGUUCGGCAAGCGAUGGUCCGAACCAACAGAGGCGUAUUUAGGAGAGCAGUAACAAACCUGGCAGUGGUAGAAAUUCGUGGUAAAACCGGAACCAGCGUAGUGGCACCGGAGUUACAGGCGGGGGUGUGA